UGUGCCGGGAAGCGGUUUCCGGAUUCGGGAUCAGAGAGCAACAACAACAAGCGUCGCAGACUGGUAACCGUCAUAAAUCGGGGCGGGGCAGUAGCAGGAUUGUCUGUGUGCCCGGAUGUGAAGAGAUUCCAUCCACUUGCUUCUGCUUUCUAGCGAGGCUGCAGACUUCUGGGCGACAUGGGAAAGGUGCACGAGCGCCAGUGACCUCGCGCCACUCACCCGGCUAACGCGAGCCCCUGCCCCUCCCCCAACUCGCGCCACGUGCCCCCGCUCCCCAGAACCGCGGCUCGCGCUGCGGGCGCGCACCGGAGGAGACUCGCUGAGGUGACAUGUAAUGCCUUGUCUACAACCAAAUUUGUAAGGAAUGCUUUUGGCACAGCUUGAUAAGUUACUUUUUCUGAAACAUCGAUCGCUUCUUAUAAAAUACGUAAAUGGCAGCCCAAAAAAGGAAGUCAGCAAUAGCAGAAUCUUCUGCUAAACGUCGGAAGCUAGAUAGGAACAGCAAAUCAUCAACAAAGAAAGAAAAAGAGGUGUCAGCCACAAAACAUGUCAUAAAUAAAUCAAAGCCAAAUAAAAGUGCAAUGCAGAAGAAAGCAAUGCUUAAAAUCUUGGUCAAACCUAACAGGUCAGUGGUAAAUAAAGACAUCAAUAAUUGUGCUAGGCAGUCCUCCCGUUCUAAACUAGUGCAGAAAUGUUCAAAGCAGUGUGAACUUCAAUUAAAGGAAAGAUCCAGUAAAACAGUACCUAUGAAAAAAUCUUCCCUGAAAUCAUUAGGUAAAGUAUCUACUACAAAAACACCCUCCAGAUCUCCAAAAAUAAACCAUACUACUUUCUUGAAAUCUACAAAGGCUUCCUCCAAAACAGAUCCUGAAGGGAAGGACAAAUGUGCUUUACAAACCAAAGUUUCAGUUGAAAGCAGGAGACAGCAAUUAAAGUCAACUUUAGAUAUUAAAAAGAGUUCAUUGAAACCUCAAAGUAUUAGGCAAUCUGUCUUGCAGUCUGUAAAAACUUUAAAUGAAACUAGGAACAUACACGUGGAUAUGAAAUCUGUUAAGGGAAAUUCUGCAGAAGGUAAUUCUUCUACAAGUACUAGAGCUGUAAAAAUGACUGAUAAAAAUUUAGGGAUACAAGUUCAGAAUCCUAAAAAGAAUCUUGCAAAAAAGUCAACUUCUCAAGAUGCUGAACAACCAUUGAUUAAAUCUUUCGGUGACAACAAAUGUGAACCUGAAUUAGGAAUGCACAUGAUGACAAGAUCAUCAGGCACAAACACUAAAAUAGCUGUCAAAGACACACAACAGCAACCAAAAGCCACAAAAAAUAAGGAAGUGUGCCAGAAAAAGUCAGUACGAGACAUUCCUACGCCAAGACACAUCAUUAUCCCAGAUGAGCAGCUAACCAGGCGAUCACAUAGAUUGCAGCAGUUAUCAGAUACAUCAGCAAGAUCCCUUCGUAAUAGAGAAAUUAAAGAAGGAAAAGCUUCAGAAGUGCAACAGGGCACUCAAACAAAAGGAUGUAUUCAGGGUACUAGAAUUGAAACAGUUAAACCUCUUAAGCAGAAAACAGAAAAGAAAAAUAAGAAAACAAAAUCUAAUUUUAUAAGUGGAGAUGAAGAAAUAACUGUAGGAAUAACCAGCUCUCUUCCAGAGAAAAAAUGUAAAAUGGACCGUAAAACCAAUGAUUCCAACAGUUCUCAGCAUAGCCUGCAAGGCUCAAGAUUAUUUCUUGUUCAUAAAAAAGUAGAAAUGGUAAGUUCUCUUCAACCAACUUCUGUGACAAUAAAUAAGGAAAAACAACCACUGCAUCAGAAUGUGAAAAGCAGUGUAAAAGCAAAGAGAGUUUUGCAGCCACCUGUAAAUGAAAAAGAUCUAGCCAAUCAGCCUGAGAACGUUGUGAAGUCCAAACGGGUAAGCAUUCUUGAACUCUGUGAAGAAAUUGCAGGUGAAAUUGAGUCAGAUACAGUAGAGGUGAAAAGAGAUUCUCCCAACACUGAAUAUAGAAAAGGAGAAGAAAAACGUGCAGAAACACAGCUGUCACAGACUGUAAUCCUUACUCAGAAGGAACCAAAUCAGAGCACUCAGUGCAAGCGUUUUUUCCCCAGCAAAAAAGGAAUACCUGUCAAAUGUGUUCUGAAUGGCAGAAAUAGUCCUGCAAACAAAAACUCUAAGUGGACCAGAAUUAAACUAGUGAAAGCUAAUAAUAUACAUCAAAAUAAAUUUAACUCUGCAAGUGUUCCCAAGCUGGAUUUGUUAGAAACUAAAAUUAAAGUUCCAGAAUCAAGUCAAGCCAUGGGUGCGGAAAUACAGCUUUCAAAGUCCCAAGGUAAAUUGUCAAUGACAAAGCCAUGUGAAAAUAAAAGUGCAAUUCAUGUACAGGAGAAAUUGGGAGCAGUUUCUUCUGAAAGAGUCAGAGCUAAAGAUGUGACAUCGGAAACAAAGCAACCCACAAAAAAAGUUGCUGAAAACGGCUUGUUGGAUAAUCGGACAAAACAUGUUCCGGAGCCAACACUAGAUGAGAGUUUUAGCUUGCAUUUGGAUACAAGUCCAGAAAGCACUCCAGUGAAAAGUACUGCAGCAGCACCACCACCACCUAAGCAAGCCAAAAAGGAGAUAGAGAGUGACUCUCAAGGUCCGGCUCCCAAGCAGUUGGUGCGCACUUUAUUCACAAAUCAGACAUCUGAGACUAGUGAGAAGAGGGUUCCUUUGCCAAACCAUUCAUUAGCAUCAAGGUGCGGUAGCUUCCUGUCAUCAGAGCAGCAUAUUCAAAAACUAAGAGAAGCAGGAAAAGAUGACAAACAGCUGAUCAUCGCUGUAUUUGGUUUCUCAAAUACAAAGAGGAGCUUCAUUUAUGAAGGAAAGUGGAGAGGAAGAGAAGUAAAUUUGCCUUUGCAUAUAAACUAAUCCUCAGUUUAUGCAAAUGAUACACUCACUUAUCCUCACUAGUGAGAUUCUAUCUGGCAGAUUUUUCUGUGUGAGUUUACAUAUGAAUGCAUUACACUUAUGUAAUGAGAUACGGAUAUUUUUUCAAAGCACUGACUAAAAUUAAAGAUAGGGAAAGAACUUUUCCACAAAUCACUGAUGAGCUAGCUCCAUCAAUAACUGAUACAGUGAGAGAUAUAUUUUAAAUAAUUAAAAAUAAAUUGGUAAACUAAAAUACAAAUAGCUAUUUCUACUAAAGAAAAAGUAGAGCAAAAACUAUUGAACCAAAGAAUUUAAAAAUGUGAAGUGGAGCAAAAGAACGCAAAUUGUCCUAGUUUGAAGGACCACACAACACUGCAGCAGAACCAAUUAAAAAAUUGAACCUGUUAAAGCAGACAUUACCACUACCUGCACUUUUGUAAUAUUAAAGCAUUACUAAGAAAUAAAUAGUCCUUAAUCUGCUAAAAAUAUAUACUAAGGACACAAGCCUGAAGUCUCUCUCUUUCCUAAAGCAUGAAAUUUGCCUCUCUGGGUGGGAUUACAAAAUAACAGAUAUAUAGACAGAAUAUGUUCAGAAAUGCCAGAAUAUUAAACUGUUCAGAGAUGUGAUUUAUAUCUAACACUUACUUGCAACAUUCUCAAUUAUUGCCUGUUUAGGUCUCAGGUGACUAAUUUUAGACAUACAGAUAAUCCCCUUUACUUCAGCAGGGCUGAAUGGGGGCCUUAAAACCCAACUUUUGGUUGUACAAUAAUAGAAUUUGAUCGGUCUUUGAUAUAGGUUCUUUGUAAGGAAAAAAUAGGUAUGAUUUUCACUGAUCAUAAACCAAUACUUUUUGUAACUGACUGGCUUAUUUUUUCUCAUUUUCAGUGUUUUUAAAGAGUGGUUUGUUCAGUGCCAUAACAAAAAAGAAAAGUCUUAGUUAUGUAGUAUAUAGUGUAGUAAUUUUAGAGGGAGGAAGAAAGCAUAGGGGUCUUCAUCAAAAUGUGUGAGGGAAAACAAAUUUACAUCUGAGACUAGUUCAUUGUGUUGUUUUGUUUAAAACUGACAGUGUCACACUUGACUUUUAAACUUCAGCAGAAAUACACAUUAAAAUAAAACACAAUCUCCAAAAUAUUAAUUGUAUACAACUUUUAACAUUUGCAUGUUAAUGCAAUCCCUGUUUAUCAAUGAAGGAUAUAGUUGUUGUUCUUCUAGUUCACUUUAAUCAUAUAAUAAUAUAUAUGAGACAGUGACAAUAUAGGCUUCUGUCCUAUCUGCAAAAACUGACUAAAGCCUUCAAUCUAGGUGCGCAGAAGCUUACUUUGCCAAGUUAGUUUUUUUUAAUAAAAUGUGAAACUAGAACCAGUUGAAAGAGUGGCAAUUGCAUUAAAUUAAAAAAAAACAAAACUUGUUUUUUGAAAUUCGUAAUUGGCAAUAUUAUUUUUUGACAAACUCUAUUUCCAGAUAUUUAGUAUUUUAAAGAAAUGUGUAAAUGAGUAUUUGCUGUAUAGUGUGUGUACAGCCCAUUUAAAAACUCUUUGAAACAUGUAAAAUAUAGUAAUUAUCUUGCAAAUAUUGUCUGAAUAUUUUGCAUAUUUUACAUCUCUUGGAAUUUCUGGCAUGCUGUUAGGAGCAGCAUUUUAUUAUACUCUUAUUGUAAACAACAUAGUUCAAAUUGCUGCUCAGACCCAUUCACUACUUAAUUAAAACAUUAAACAUCCAAUUUUUUUUAGGAGUUUUGUUCUUAUCAGUGGUAAGAAAAUUAUUCCUAUGGUGGCUCCUAUAGUUAGAGAUGUAACCCUCUUGGUCAUCAGUCUAUCCCUAUCUCUCUACCUCAUCUCUUCUAACUUGCCAAAAAACCUCUCAUCUAUCAGGGGUGUUCUUUGUUGUAAGAUGUUAGGACCUUAAGCACAACAUUAAUUACCACUUCUUUACUGUAGCUGUGACCAUGUUAAUAUAUUGGCUUUACAUUGUGUAUUUUAUGACCCUUUGUCAUUCUAACUGUUCGUACAAUGCCAGAGUUCUUCCUUGGGACUGAGCUAUGAUAUAAAUCUUAUCAAAUAGUUUUAUAAAUUCUACCAUUCUGUUCAGUAUUUGGAGGGAAUGUUAUGGGUAAAACAAUUUCCCCCCCCAUACGCAGUUUUAUAUUAUCUGUUUAACAAGAAUUUAGUCCAUAAGAUGUUCGUAUAUUGUCUCCUUUAUAUAGUGUGUAUAUUUACUGAAUACCUUUUUGUAUUAUCUGUGAGUAUAAAAUCUAUAACAAGCGCAAUUUGUCUACAAAAGGCAUUAAAAAUUGUCUUGCCAUGUUUGCUUGUAAAUGACAGUUUGUUCUCUCUCAGUAUAAAAAUCUUCUACAACUUGUACUGAUUUUUUUUUCCAAAUUUUUUUUAUGGUGUAUGUCACUAGUGUCUGAGCAUGCCUAACCAUUAAUUAUUCCUCACAUCACAACUAUUGUUCUCAUUUUACUGAUGUAAAACUGAGGCACAGAAAGAUUAAAUGUCUUGCCCAAAGUUCCCAGGAAGUGUGGCAGAACCUAGAUCUUCUGAGUGCCUUAAGAUCAUCUUUCCUCUUUUUAUGAAGGUUACAAAACAAAUUUAAAAGAGCAGUGAAAACCUAAUACUAUGUGUGGACGCAUACUCAGAAUUAUACUUUGGAGGUAGAAUCUUUUUAUGUUCAAAGCUACUUAAAAACAUUAAAUCUCUGUAGCAACUUUCAGAUCAGUAUGAUGUCUGUUUUACAGACCAUGGAAAGUGACGUAGCAAGAUUCAGUGACUUGCCCAAGGUUGCAUAGAUUGGGUUAGAAUUUAAGUCCCUUAUUGUUGUGUUCAGACUAAUAUAACAAUCCAGUCUGAGAUAUUAUAAACUAUGAUAUAGGAAGUCAGACCUUAAGUAACUUCUAAAAUCUUACAUAUUCAGUUGACAUUGUUGCUGGUUAAAUGAGCUCCCAUAUUUAUGCAAAAUUAAGGUGUUUGUUUUUUUUUUUUUUCAAUUAAACUUAAGGGGAGUAGAAGUACA